AUUAAACCCCCAAAUCAAAAUCCCUCUUCAAUUUCAUUUCAAGAUUUCGUGCAAAUUUCCCGGCGCCCUCAAUUUUUUUUCAGAUACAAUGGCGGCAUUCACACCUUAUAAUCUCAUUUUCAUCUCCCAUUUUCUGCUAAAACCAUUUCUCAACUCGCAACCUCUUUCUCCCUCUCGCAGCUGACAAUGUCCGGUCAAGAAAACUGCGUGAGGAUCACUCGCUUGGCGGCGAAGAAGAGGGCUGCUGAGGAGACGCUGCAACGCCCGAAUAAGAGAGUGGUUUUGGGGGAAAUUCAGAAUGUUUUGACUCCGCAGAAUCUGGGAUUGGGGAAAGGGGGAAAGAGGAGGAAGCUGGAGAGGAAUGCGAAGGGGGUACGGAAGGAUUUGAAUUCGGAUGCGGAAGAGAAACCAUAUGAUCCGCAGCUGUGUGUAGCUUAUGCUUCGGAGAUUUAUGAGUAUCUUCAUAGAAUGGAGAAGGAGCCGAAUAGAAGGCCGUUGUCGGAUUAUAUUGGGAAAGUUCAGAAAGAUGUGACUGCAAACAUGAGGGGGAUUUUGGUGGAUUGGUUAGUGGAGGUUGCUGAGGAGUACAAGCUUCAAUCCGAUACGCUGUACCUAGGAGUGUCGUACAUCGACAGAUUCUUAUCCUCGAAUGUCGUUACCAGGCAAAGGCUUCAGCUUGUUGGAGUUUCAGCAAUGCUCAUUGCCUGGAAAUAUGAGGAGAUUAAGCCUACCCAUGUGGAAGACUUCUGUUACAUCACGGACAACACGUAUACCAGGGAAGAGAUAGUGAAGAUGGAGUCGGAUGUGCUCACAUCUCUCAAGUUUGAGAUGGGAAAUCCAACUACAAAGACAUUUCUCCGUCGGUUCACUAGGAUUGGUCAAGGAGAUAAUGAGAGUUACAAUCUACAGUUGGAGUUCCUAGGUUACUACCUUGCGGAACUGAGUUUGCUCGAUUAUGAAUGCUUGAAAUUCUUGCCUUCUCUGGUGGCUGCUUCGGUCAUAUUCCUCUCACGAUUCACUCUCCAACCUAAGCAACAUCCUUGGAACUCAGCUCUGCAGCAAUACUCGAAAUACAAACCAUCCGAUCUGAAAGAAUGUGUUCACAUCCUUCUUGAGCUGCAAUCGAGCAAGAGAGGAAGCAAGUUAGUUGCUAUCAAGGAGAAAUACAAGCAACAUAAGUUCAAAUGUGUGGCAACACUGUCUCCACCAUCACAAGUGCCGGAAUUCUUCUUCAAUGAUAUCAAAGAUUAAGUUUAGGGGCUGAAGAGAUUAAAUCUUUCAGUGUACAUAUAGCUGUAUACCUAAAUAAUACAGUUUAUAGCUGCAUUGUCGAUGAAAUAAGGGUGUGUUUGGGUUCGUUUCGAGCUCGGGAUAAUCACCAUCUUCACUAGAGUUCCUUUACAUUUUAUAUGACAUUCUUGAAAGUUUUUGCUUGAUGGGCAAUAAUAUUCUUCUUUUUUCA